CUCUUUUUGUCCUUCCCGCCACGAUGAUUAACUCACUCUCUGAGGCCACUAGCAGUUUAGUCUGUUGGAUCGUUGCCUGGACCCACACCCCGUACCACUGUACCAACUCGAACCCAAGCCUUCGUUUGAGAGACAUCAUACUACCAGAUCUAUCUGAAUACAGCUAGCUGUUGGAUGCGAUUCACGACAUAACAUUACAACCUGGAAGAUCAAAACCAACAAAAGACAAUGAAGAGAAGAGCUGUGGGAGAAGCCGACGAGUCUCAAGAUAAGAAGCCUCGUGCGAGAGGCCCCAUUACCGGAGCUGAAUAUCAACUAGACCUGAACCGUUUCCCCGACAAAAUCCGUUGCUUGUUGGAUAACCGGGUCGCCCCAGAGGCUCUCUGGUGGAUGCCCGAUGGAGAUGCCAUUGCAAUCAACAAGAAGUUGUUCAUUGAUCAGCUGCUGGUUACGCACUUCAGAGGCAAUAAGUUCCCGAGCAUCACACGCAAACUGAACCGAUGGGGCUUUCGGAGGAUAGAAGAGGAUAAGGAGCCUCCCGGCGCAAUGGCAUACGCUCAUGAACUGUUUCAUCGCAACUACCCGGAGAGGUUAAGGCUGAUGAUCAGGGAAGAGGACAAGAAAAGAGGACACAGCACUCCGUCAGACGUUGACGACACUGCUGCUCUCUUGAGACAACAACGUGAGGCUCUUGCCCAGACUUCCAGUGGGACAGGACUUACCAGUCAGGGUGUAUUGUUGGGGCUGGACAGCAGUCGUCGAGCUAGCCUGGAGGGAACGAUCGGGCUGGCUGGUGUACAACUACAACCAAACAGCUUGUGGGCGGCCGGCCUUGCUGGGCACCCCCAAGAGCCUGCUCUGGUAAGAAGCCUCCAAGCGUCUUCGUCUGUUUCAUCCAACUCGAUACAACAACAGCUAUUGAGGGAAGUGGCGGCUCGGCAAUCGCGACCACACGGUGCGACCGUGGGAGCUGGAAGUGGCAACCCAACGCUAGUGGCGCCCUUUCAUUCCUCCGAAGCGUCUCUACUCGGAAGUCAGCAGAGGUCGCUGCAGCCUCAGCUCUCUUCCGCAUCCAUGAGCAACAACCCCCAGGCGCUGUCGCUUGCAGUCGCCAAUCUCCCGAGAACGGCAUCAUUAGCAGAGGUUUCCGUCCAAAACCAAUUAGCAGCUUCCAUUCUUGAGGAAAGAAGAUUGGAGGACCAGCUUCGGCAGCUCCGGUCCAGAAAUGAUGCCGCCGCGAAUCGGUUCCUUGGGAGAGGCGGGGGUCAACUGGAUAGCAUGCCAAAUGACGCAUUGUUGCGACAGAUGCUUGAUGAUGGAGGAUCCAGAGGACUGUUACAGGGGGCAAUGGAAUCUCCUCUCGACCAGCUUCUUGCAGCUCGCCAAUUGACGGCCGCUGGUAAUGAUUCCGCCGCUGCGUCAGCUGCAGCCAGACAGAACCUCUCCUUGGAAGCCAGCCUUGUGGACCGCGAACGGUACCUGGCUACCAGACUUGGCCAAAAUACAGCAUCCGUCCCUCCUGCUGCUUCGCGUGCUUCGUCGGCAUCCCCAGACGGCACUGUAAAUCAACUCUUGCUACUGCGACAUCAGGAGCACCUUGAGCAAGAGCGACUUCUUCAGGCCCAACAACGGUUCUUGUCUCAGAAUGCGAACGACCCGGUGUUGUCGCGACCGCAGUCGCUGUUGGACAGGGCCGCCAUAGGAGACUCUCUCACUAGUCGAUUCUCCGUUGCAGAUCAGUUGCGGAUUUUGCAAGAGCAGGAUAGGAUUCGUCGCGAAAACGAAGAACAGAAGCAAGGGGAUAGAAGGCAUAGAAGGUACCCCUAAAGGAUAAAGGAGGAUGAUCCCAACCCUGUCUGUGGGAUCAGGAGUUAACUCACCAAGAAUAGACAGCAAAUAAUGAUGUUUCUCAAUGCCUGUCAGUAGAAUGUAGGAUUGCUGGUGU